CAGGGGGCGGUGCCGGGUGCCGCGGCCCGCCCCACCACAGCGCCCAGCAUGGCCGGCUUCGCCGACUUGAACCUCCCGCAGGGGCCGGACAAGAAGUCCCUGCAGGGUCUGCUGGAGACAGCAGCGCACUUGGGCUAUUCUGUGGUUGCUCUCAAUCAUGUCAUUGAUUUUAAAGAAAAGAAACAGGAAAUCGUCAAGCCAGUAUCUCCUUCAGAGUUGUUUCCAUCUUUGCCUAUUGUACAAGGGACAUCCAAAAGAAUUAAAGUCUUAACCCGGCUAACACUUGUUGUUUCUGAUCCUUCCCACUGUAAUCUCUUAAGAUCGACAUCUGCAAAUAUAAGGUUAUAUGACAUCAUAGCAGUAUUUCCGAAGACUGAGAAACUGUUCCACAUCGCUUGCACAACUCUAGAUGUGGAUCUGGUAUGCAUAAAUGUAACAGAAAAACUGCCAUUCUACUUCCGAAGGCCCCCUGUGAAUAUGGCAAUAGAUCGAGGCAUUUACUUUGAACUUCUCUAUACGCCUGCCAUCAAAGACUCCACAAUGAGAAGAUACACAAUUUCAAAUGCGAUCAGCCUGAUGCAGAUCUGCAAAGGAAAGAAUAUUGUCAUAUCUAGUGCAGCUGAAAGGCCUCUAGAACUACGAGGUCCUUACGACGUGGCUAAUCUAGGUUUGCUGUUUGGCCUAUCGGAAGGCGAAGCCAAGGCAGCCGUGUCUACCAACUGCAGAGCCACCAUGCUUCAUGGAGAAACUCGGAAGAGUGCCUGUGGGAUAGUGUACACAGUGAAGAAGCCUCGCAAGGUUGAGGAGGAGGAAACACUGCCAGCCUGCAAAAAAGCUAAGACUCAAGCUUGAGGAGUAAACCAGUUGUCAACAGGAGCCUCCAUCCCAUCUUUACCCGGUGUUGAGUCUUCUUCCAUCCUCCAGCUACUCCCAUUCCUCCCUUACUACUUUAUUUAGCCCAGAGAAGAAUUCUUCUGGUGCUCAAGUGAGGAAAGCUAUGGGAAUGAGACUGCUGAAUAGUAGUUCACCACACCUAAAAGGUCAUGCUGGGCUUCUGGCCAAAGUCAGGAGACUCUCUCCACCCUGUCUUAGGUCUUCUGGCGUUAGUGCAAACUCAACACAAUGUUUCUAACAUAGAAAUUUUCAGUUGUACAAGUGCAUUCCUUUUUUAUUAAAAUGUUUCUAAGAAUGUA